AUGCUAUCCCUCACCACGACCGCCCUCCUCCUCGCCUCCACGGCAUCAAGUCUCCCUCAAUGGGGCUGGCCCGGCCACGGCCCUCCUCACAGCCCAGGCCACAACCACGGCAGUCCCAUCACAACAACCGUCAACCUAGGCUACUCCACCUACGAAGGAACCCGCCUCUCCCCCGCCAACGUCCUCCAGUAUCUCGGCAUCUCCUUCGCCGCACCACCACUUGGAAACCUCCGCUGGCGAGCGCCCCAAGAUCCCGUUCACAAGACUGGCGUCCAACCUGCAGAUGCUUUCCAACCGACAUGUCUGGGAUACUUCGGUGGCGGGCUGAGCGAUAGUGUGAAUGAAGAUUGUUUGUACCUGAACGUCUUCGCUCCUGCGAACGCUACAACGGAGAGUAAACUGCCCGUGUGGUUCUUCAUUCAGGGAGGCGGGUAUGCUGGAGAUACGGAUCAGAAUUUCAAUUUCACGGAGGUGGUGGAGAGGAGUGGAUAUGGCAUGAUUGCUGUGCAGAUCAACUAUCGAGUGGGAGCUUUUGGAUUCCUUGCUAGUGAGAAGGUGAGAGGCGAUGGAGAUUUGAAUGUUGGGCUUUUGGACCAGAGGAAAGCGAUGCAUUGGGUACAGCAGUACAUCCAUCUCCAGUUUGGCGGUGACCCAGAGCACGUUGUCAUCCACGGCGACAGCGCAGGAGCUGGAAGUGUUGCUUUCCACCUCACCGCGUAUGGCGGCCGGGACGACCACCUCUUCGUUGGCGGAAUCUCGGAGUCGCCCUUCUGGCCAACGCACAGGACUGUGCCCGAAAUGGAGUUCCAGUUUGAGAGGUUCGCGCAGAACGUCAGCUGUGACCCGGCUGAGGGCAUCGACGUGAUGGCUUGCCUUCGGUCAAAAGACACCGCGACUCUCCAAGGCGCAGACGUCACCUCGCCUUUCCCCGAUGCGCCAAGUACGCCGAACCCAUCGUGGUACUUCUUGCCUGUCAUCGACAGCACGUUCUCGACCGAUUACCUCUACAACCUCUUCGAGCAAGGCAAGCUCGUUCGUGUGCCUUUGAUCGUUGGAGAUGAUACAGAUGAAGGCACGGGCUUUGCAAUCAAUGCCAAUACGUCCAGCGAUUUCCUCAACUUCAUGGAUGCCAACUACCCCAAGCUUGGAAACUCGACAUUGCAAAAGAUCAGCAGAGCCUAUCCAGAAAACGGCUUCGGCGCACCGAUUGCUCAUGGCCCAUACUUCCCAGCAGCUGCAGCGGCAUACGGAGAAGCGACGUUUAUUUGUCCCGGGAUCCAAAUGGCCAGCUCACUAGCAAAGUAUAACUCCGCAGCAAAGACCUGGAACUACAGAUACAAUGUUCAAGACCAGGCCUUGAUCGCGGCGGGUCUCGGUGUGCCUCACGUCUCUGAGAAGCCUGCGAUCUGGGGACCGAAUAACGCUGGGGCUUGUGGUGACCCUUGCAGCUAUCUGACGUACAAUGCUAACAUUGUGCCUGUUAUGAUGAGCUAUUGGAUUAGCUUCAUCCUGACUCUCGAUCCAAAUACGUACAAGGUCAGGCAGGCGCCUGAGUGGCAGCCUUGGCAGAAGGUCCAGCGGUUGGUCAUCCAGACGAAUGCAUCGAGGAUGGAGAAUAUCCCCAGUGCGCAACUACAGAGAUGCGAGCUCUGGGAAGGCCUUGCUACGGUCACCGAGCAGUAG